GGGAGACUAUCCGUCUGUACCAGCACUGAAGACGUGGAAAGAAGACGUUUUGGAGCAGAAUUGUUAUUUUGCUUUAUAUUUAAUUGACCUAUUUUAAAAAUCCCUCCAAGCCUCGCUGCUCUGCUCGGUUUAUUUCACGGCUGUGCAUGGAGUCCAGCAGCCUGGCUGAGGACCGUCUGUCUCCGGAGUCGACCGUGACAUCCCUGCUCUCCAGCUCGGGUCACCUGAGGAGCGACCUGCAGCCUCCUGAGCUCAGCUCAUCCUUCACAUACAGAAACAAGGACUAUGAUUCAGCCUCGGCGGCUCUGGACGCCUACAUUGCGGACUUUGAGAAGAGCUGUCAGAACUGCCAGUCUUUGACGGGCUCUCUGGUUCUGCCACGCGACUCGCCAUCCUCUCCGACCACACCCAGAGUGGGCUCGCUCAGAAACAGAGACGUUCUCAGGGAGCGUCUGACCGACAGGGAGCUGGACUUCCUGAAACUCCCUGUCAGCUCCUUCCUUCACCAUGGCAACAGCGACCGGCUCUCCAUGACAACAGACGAGCUUCUGUCCAUCUCGUAUGACGGCUCAAUGCCCGUCACCCACACGUCUGCCUUCCUACAAGGCCUCCUGUCUCGGUCCGGAACCUCCCAGCCUCGCUCCUCCUCCACCAGGCUGGUACACAAAACCAGAACUGGGCUCAGCAUCAACCAGGCUGGCCCAGUCCACCUGAACCAGCACUCUGAUCCCAGCAGCUCCAGAGCCGCAGACCUCCACCUCCCUCGCUGGCUGACCUCCAACAAGUCCGUAAUGGAUUGGUCUGAGAUCGGCAGCCUGCCGGACCUGAAGUACCCAGCCUGGGUCCGGCACUGUGACGUAACCGAACUGGAUGCGUGGGACAACUGCGCUGGACCUCCCAGAACCAGAGCUGCAGCCUGGAUAUCGAACUUGGAGAAAGACAGCGGACCUCAUGGGACACCUGGACAGGAGGAAAGUCGAUGUGCGCUGAGAGACAUCAGGGUCCAGUUGGCCCAAGAGCUUCUUCUGCUCGCUGCACGAGGAGAAAGUUCUAAUGACACGUCGGUUCUGUUCAGAGAGAACCGGAUCGAGUCUCUGAUCGAGAAGGCGGAUCAGGUCUUGAACUUGCUGUCCCAGACUUCCGACAGAACCGAGAGUUCUGCAGGUCCAGGGCGCCGUCUGCUGGGGGUCUCUGGGAAAAACGUUGGACACUCUGUUGCCGGGAUGAAGAGGGCCAGACAGGCUGAAGCUCAGCGAGACGGCCGUGGAACCGUCUUGCCACUGGCUCAUUUCGUGUGGAGGGUGUGA